AUGUUCUCCUGGGAGGACUUUGACGCUACGUUUCCCUUCAAAGGAGGGUAUCCCUACAAUCCCAAAGUGGUCGACCGGAUCAUCGCGAAUCGGAAGACCUUCCACCACACUCUAUUCAUCGAUCGCCUUCUUCAUGCGCUGGGAAUUGACUCAGCCACGAGAUUGUACCCGCCAAAGUCCGUUGAAACGCUCCGCAAGCUCCACCAGGAGGUUCUUGCCUCCCGUUCACCCACUCACCACAAGCAAUCUGUGAUAUAUUAUAUUUUGAAAGACUGCCAAGAUGCGACUGAAGGGCCCAGCAGUCGCCGUUUUGCAAAACAGUGCUUCUUGCCGCAGAAGUAUAAGUUGUUCAUUGAUGGCCUCUGGCAUUUGGAUAAAUUGGAUUUCCAGCAAUCCUUGUGCUAUCUCACAGAGCCGUCACUUAUCCCGACGUUCCCUGACGAAAUCCUAUACGUCCUCUCGACAGUCCCGGAGCAAAAUGAUAGCUUCGCUUUUGCAUAUUACACAGCCGUCUCCCCACCUUUAGCCUCUCGCGAAGUUCUAAACGCGUAUUUUGGGGUAUUAUGCCGCAAGGGAGUGGACACGGCUUUCUACUUUACCCGGAAACUAUCGGAUGACACCCGUCGUGAACUUUUCGACCAGCUAAUUGUUUCCGUUCUCGCGACCAAGCCAGGUGAAGAGAGGGCGGAAAGGUCGAUGGCUUUGGUUAAUCUGCCCUUCAACAAAGCGGAGGUCGAGUGGUUUGAAGAUUGUUUGCUAUAUGGGAAAGCGAAGAAGCUUCAUGGUGCAAAAGACACGGUUAUGAUACGACGCGUCGCAACUAGUCGCCUUGACGACCUAGGCAAACUGGAGUCUUUGGGCGGGCGGAAAAUUGACGGCCUGAAUUGGGAUGUCCUCAGGCGAAACUUAAAGCCUAGUGGUUCUUAA